CCUCCAUCAAGAAUCUCGCCAAAUCCCCAAGAAGACCUUCAAGAGCGCAAAUCCCUGCAUAUUCGAACCUUUCUCCUCCUAUCAUCGUACUGGACCUCUGACAUCAAUGCUGUGAGGGUAGCCUAGAAAUGGAUCCCACGGAGCCAGUGAGCAGAUCACCAAAAAGGCUCAAAAUGGAUCAUGCACAAUCAUCGUCGGACCCAAGGCCUCGCAAAGGCAACGCCGGGAAACCCAAGUAUCGGGCUCAGAAAACAGAGAAUUCACGGGCUAACUCUCGCCGGCCCGCCGUCAUCAGUGCGUCGGGCAUCCACAGUGACGAUGUUGGGAUCUUUGUCACCUGUGAUAAGGGUCAGGAGAAGAAAUGCUUGCAAGAGCUAUCUGACUUGCUGGAGGAGUUGUUUGCUGCUGAGUCAAGCACCCAACCUGUGGCGGCAACGCCGGACGUCCAGCCAGACAAGGACGAUGUGGAGGUCGAUAUCGAGGCUGACAUACGUGCCGAGUUGGACUCAUUGAGAUCCAAACGAGAACCUCCAAACGUCCCGUCAGCAAAGCUCUCCUUCAUAACGCUCGACAUACCAUGCGUCUCAUUUGUACGGUUCCCCAAAAAUCCACCCUUCAACCCGGUCGAGACGGUUCGCAAAUUGUGCCUCUCGGCCUCAAGCAAGGAAGAAGCUGGGCCGCGAAGUCGCUACAUCAAGAGACUUACGCCGGUCUCUUUGAUGCGCAAGACCUUGAAUGACGGAUUACAGUCACUUUGUGACGAGGUCCUUCCCAAACACUUUCUGAUCGACGUCGACUCCGACGACCGCAAUUCAAGCUCUAAACGCGAGGACGAGCAUAAGCACCAACCAUGCAAAUUCGCUAUCCGUCCGACAAUCCGCAACAAUCACAAACUUAAUCGAGACGAAGUCAUUCGGGUGGUCGCUGAUAAGAUCGCCACUCUUGGCCGGGGAGAGCACACUGUAGACUUGAAAGGUUAUGACAAGCUCGUCCUCGUCGAAGUGUAUCGAAAUGUGAUUGGCAUGAGCGUUGUCGGGAACGAAUUUGAGACAUUGAAGAGGUUCAAUUUGGCCGAGAUCCAUGCAAGCCACUUUGACGAUGGUGACAAGAAGGGCACAAAUGAUCAAAGUUGAGCAAAUGGCAGGAUGUGUGGUGGACUAAGUGCGAGUGAACCGACGCUCAGAGUCAUACACUGAGGCUAUUUCUCCUCGCUGCUGACGAUUCGUAUUUUGUCGGAGACACGCUUCCAGAAGCGAUGGGGCCUUUCAGCACUUUCUGCUCCACUGAACUGCUCGGGAGCCUUCAUUGUCCCUCUUGUCAGCCAAUAUCCAGGGCCAUGCUGCUCUAUCACCUUAUCGCUUCUUCUCAAUGUGCCUCGAGCGAGCCAGAAACCUUGCCAAUUUGCACGCGCUGAUCUCCUAGUUGCAAGCUCCACCGGUGGCUUUGGCCGGGAAUAUUGCUCCAGCCACCAUUUCCGGUAGCUGUUGCUGAACCUGAUCUGAGGCCAUGCGGGCGUGUGGGACUCGGCCCUAGACGUGGACUCAUAGGGUAUCGCGAUCAGUGGUUCAGAGGCCUCAAAGGCCUCAGAGGCUUCAGAGGAAUCAUCCACAAGUGUGGUGCGGGUGUGACUCGACGGGGAGACUCGGCUGUUACGAGAAGGAGGCGACGGCGCUUUCCUGGGCAGCAAGUAUGCGGUCGAAUGCUCAAAAUCGAUCAAGAAGCCCUGAGCGUCGUACUGACCGGAUCUUUGGGUAAGUUCUCGACUGGACGGCCAUUCAUCCUGCAUUUCGACGUGGCGAGCAAACCCGUGGGACCCAGUAUCAGGAGAGCCCAGAGACAACGUACGUUCGUUUGGAAAGCCGUAGGCACCGUCACCGAUUGUGGUUUGAUCCAUCAUGAUGAAUCGGGAAAUGAAUUUUUGGUCGAGGAAUUAAACAACAGAGAGUCAAGUCGAGGUCCGAGAGCUGGCAAUGAGGAGUUAGGGACAGCCUUGUCUCUCUAAUGCGAAAUCAAAUCUAAGAAGCUCUAAGAACAAGUUCAAAGUGACAGCUCGCGAUGGACCAGUCAUAGAGUCGUUGGUUGGCGUGUGAAUGGGACUUUUUCGCACUCAAACAAACAACAUCCUUUGUGAGCGCGUCCCGCCCGUGAAAGUCAAGGAAGUGGGAACAUCUUCACUAUCACUCGAGCUAAAGUGUUAGUGAGAGAUGGACAAGUGAAGCAAGUACACCAGACUGCAAGUCAGCGUUGGCUCUCAACAGCCUUCGCCUGUCGCAUGCAUGCUCGUCAAGGUCGCUACAGCUAGAUGGGUAUCAUGACUUAGCAACAGAU